CCUCUCCAUUUAUUUCCCAACCAAAUCCACGCAAAACUCUAUCCAAUUCAAUGCCGACGAGUUCUUCUCCCCGAUACUAUCCAAUGCCGAGGAGUCAACCCCACAACCGUCAACUCCAGCUCGGCUUCUCCUCCUCCUCCUCCUCCUCCCGCGGCGUCGACGACGACGGCGAAUGGCCCAGCGCCGCCAAGGAUCGCAGCGCCAAGAACAAGCUUGGUGGGUUGCGGAGGGUGCUCGGGACUGGUGCGGCGAGGGGUCCGACGAUGGGGAGGAGGGCGAGGAGGAGGAGGAGGACGGGGUGCUGUCGGCGUUCCUGUGCCCGAUCACCAUGGAGGUGAUGCGGGACCCGGUGGUGGUGGAGACGGGCCACGCGUUCGAGCGGGAGGCGAUCGCGCGGUGGUUCUCGGAGUGCGCCUCGCUCGGCGCGGCGCCGCGGUGCCCCGUCACGAUGGAGGUGGUCGACGGCGCGGACGUGAAGCCCGUCGUGGCGCUGCGGGCGGCCAUCGAGGAGUGGACGAGCAGGCGGGAGACGGCGGCGCUCCGGAGGGCGUGCCGGUGGCUCACCAAGGCCGCCUCGGAGAAGGAGGCGCUGCGCGGGCUCGACGCCGUGAUGCGCGGGUGGAAGCUUGCGAGGGUCGGCAAGCGCGUCGUGCGCCGCGACGGGAUGGUGCCCAUGGUGGCCGCCAUGCUGAGGAACGGCAGCGCAAGGGUGCGUCUCAAAGCGUUGCAAGCCCUUCGGGAGUUUGCAAGAGAGGACGAUGAAUACAGGGAUUCUGUAUCUGAAGGGGACACAAUUCGCAGGAUUGUUAAGUUCAUCGAUUUCGAGGAUUGCCAGGAGAGGGAGUUGGCUGUAUCUCUUCUGUGUGAGCUGUCGAAAUCUGAAAUGGUAUGCGAAAAGAUAAGCGAAUUGAAUGGAGCGAUACUUAUCUUGGGCAAGGUGGCAUGUAGCAAAUCACAGAAUCCAGCGUUAGCCGAGGAGGCUGAGAUGACGCUUGAGAAUCUGGAGAAAUGCGAGAAAAAUGUCCUGCAAAUGGCUGAAAAUGGAAGACUGGAACCUCUACUAAACCUGCUUAUUGAAGGUUCUCCAGAAAAGCAGUUGCGGAUAGCAUCAUCUCUAGAAAAGAUUGUUCUGUCUAACGACUUGAAAAACUUGGUGGCCCAAAGAGUGGGUUUACUGUUUGCUGGUGUUGUUGAAAAUGGUACCUUGCCGGCAAAAGAAGUUGCUUUCAAGGUGUUAGAUCAUAUAUCCACCAAUACAGAAAGUGCCAAGGUUCUUAUAGAGGAUGGAAUCCUUUUACCGCUUUUCCGAGUUCUCUCUGUUGAUGGUGUCAAAUUCCUUCCACCAAGGCUGCAAGAGGCCGCUGCAGCAGUUCUAUCUAAUCUGGUAGCUUGUGGUAUUGACUUUGGGACAGUCCCACUGGAUGGUAAUCGUACUAUAGUGUCUGAAGACAUUGUUCACAGCUUACUUCAUUUGAUUAGUAACACCUCUCCGCCAAUACAGUGCAAGCUUCUUGAAAUAUUUGUAAUGCUAAGUAGUUCUACCACAACAGUUCUGUCAAUUAUCUCAGCUAUAAGAUCAUCUGGGGCUAUCACAAACUUGGUACAAUUUGUAGAGAGUGAUCAUCAGGAGAGCCGUGCUGCUUCCAUAAAGCUGCUGUGCAAAAUCUCAUUUGACAUGGACCAUGAGAUAGCACAAGUCCUCCGAAGUAGUCCUACAUUGCUUGGAUGCUUAGUUAGGAUUGUCAGUGAAAAUGAUGCAAAUGCAGAUGAGCAAGAUGCUGCACUUCAGAUUCUGGCAAAUCUUCCUAAAAGGGACAGACGUCUUACCAUGGAGCUCAUGGAGCAAGGGGCUUUCAAAUAUAUUGCGCGCAAAGUUUUAAACAUAUGUAGAAGAGGAACUGCCAAUAACAUAGUUGAUAACACGAUGCUUGAAGGGCUUGUAAAAGUUCUGGCAAGGAUAACGUACAUUCUACGGGAGGAGCCACGCUGUGUUGCCCUUGCUCGUGAAUACAAUCUUGCUUCACUGUUUACCAGCUUGCUUCGGCUGAAUGGGCUGGAUGGUGUGCAGCUGCUCUCUGCAAAGGCAUUAGUGAAUCUCUCUGUUGAAUCAAGAUAUAUGACUGGCACACCAAAUUUCGAUGAACAUGAACAGAAGUCUGGGCUUACCUGGUUUGGUAAGAAACCACCAGGUAUUCAACUUUGUCGUGUUCACUCUGGAAUCUGCUCGAUUAGAGACAAUUUUUGUAUUCUUGAAGGGAAGGCAGUGGAGCGAUUGGUUGUUUGUCUUAGCCAUCAAAACAAGAAGGUCGUUGAAGCCUCUUUGGCUGCACUUUGCACCCUACUUGGGGAUGGCGUGGAGAUCACUGAAGGUGUUUCGGUGCUCUAUAUGGCCAAUGCGGUUGAACCAAUAUUUGAAAUCUUGAAGGGAAACCCAACAGGCACACUUCAGCAGAGGGUGACAUGGGCUGUCGAGAGGAUUUUGCGGGCAGAGAACAUUGCAAAAGCAGCUUCAAGCGACCGUGGCUUGAGUUCUGCCCUUGUUCAUGCUUUCCAGAAUGGGGAUUCCAGAACACGACGUAUCGCAGAGGCAUCACUGAAGCACAUUAACAAGUUGCCAACUUUCUCCCAAAUCAUUGAUAAGCAUCCCUCGAGACGAGGUUCGUCAAUUGGAAGCAUGGAGCGUUACUUUAGGUCUGAUCGCUAGGCUAUGAAAUUGUGAAGUAACCGAAUGCCAUGACCUGCCUAUGCCUUAUGGACAAGGAAUUUUUUUGCCAUUUCAAGUUAAUUUUGUUGAUUUGCUAACGUUUGGAAUUAGGGAUUUUAGUUUUUGUGUCAGAAAAAAAUAGUAGUUAGGCAUUGAUAGUCUUGGUAAUGUGCAUAUUGUUCUGUACUUGUAAUAAAUUUUGUAGAUCAUGUGUAUAUAUUGUUUUCUGUACUUCUAAUUUUGAUAAUCUGCAAGUCUAAUGAAGGCAAAUCUUAUGUGAGAAUGGAA